AUGGUCGCUGCUGGUGGUUCUGUCGACGUCGACGUCACAACGGCGUUACCAGCUCAAACUGCUGCAACUGCUGAGGAUAAAAUUCCUGUAGAGAUAUCGUCUUCGAGAGAAAAGACUUGCCUUUCCCCUUCUUCUUCUUCUUCUUCUUCUUUUCCAGAAUUCAAGCCCAGCUACCGCUUCUGGUGCAUAAUUAUCGGCCUCGGUAUCACCAACCUCCUCGGCGCUCUCGAAAACAUAGUCGUGUCGACUGCUGCGCCUGUAAUCUUAUCCGAUCUGCAUAUGGGCCAGAACUUCAUCUGGAUAACCAAUGCAUUUUUCAUAGAUAUCAUCGUCUCGGAUUUAGUCCCCCUCCGCCAACGUGGAAACUACAUGGCAGUAAUCCUAGCCAUCUAUGGAAUCGGUGUAUCAUUAGGCCCUUUCAUUGGCGGCGCAAUUGUCUACUCAACUACAUGGCGCUGGGUCUUUUACCUCAAUCUUCCUAUCGGCGGAACGUCUCUCAUAGUACUAUACCUAUUCCUCCAAGUCAAUUACAAUAAAGAUGUGGGUUUUGUCCAGAAGCUACAACGAAUUGAUGUGGUGGGCAACGGGAUUCUUAUGGCUGGCGCUGUGGCUAUCCUCUAUGCUCUUUCCAUCUCAAAUCCCUGGUCAUCUUGGCACAAAUUAGUGCCUCUGAUUCUUGGUUUUCUAUCCUUCUUCAUAUUCGCAGUAUAUGAAGCUUCGGGCAUUCCAUCUGAACCUGUGAUACCAACUAGACUCUUCACAAAUCGCACAUCGAUUAUCGUAUCCAUCAAUACUUUUCUCAAUUCCGCCCUUUUGUUUUGGGUAAUGUUUUUCCUACCCGUGUAUUUCCAAGCAGUAGCACUUUACUCUCCCCGCCGCACAGGCGUUGCUCUCCUUCCAUACUCCCUCGUGGGAAUCCCCGGCGCGGCCAUCUCCGCCAUGGCGUUGAGUCGCUGGGCCACUUGGUAUUUUAUUCGCACUUUUGGUUACGUAUGGGGCGUUGCUAUUCCUGCGGCUAUCUUUAAUAGUCGUGUUGCGGUGCUGAGAUGGCGAAUAUCUGAUGAGGGCUUGAGACAACAAUUGGAGAGUGGGAGUGCAUACCAGUUGGCAGCUGCCCAAUUUAUUGAACAUUACCCAAUUGAUGUACAAGGAGAGAUUCGUACUGUGUAUCGGGAGGCAUUAAAACGUGUGUGGCAGAUAGCCGUUGUCUUUGCUGGUAUAGCCUGCGUGCUAGUUUUGCUAGAGAAGGAAAUACCAUUGAGGACAGUUCUGGAAACAGACUAUGGAUUAAAGGAAUCUCCGAAGGAUUCGCGAGAAGAAAAGGAUGUUGAAAGGAACCAGGAUUGA